AGUUGUUGAAGUACAAUACCCGAUUUUAAGGCAAGUGUCUGUUCGGGUAGAGAGAGAUAGAGAGAGAGAAGCUUUCUCACUUAUAUAAUUGCUCUCAUCUUCUAUCUAUUCUUAUAAAAAAAACUUGUUUGGUCUAUAUCUCGAAAUCGAUCAUGGCUAACUCUGCGAUGUCAUCCGAGCAACUCUGCUACAUCCCUUGCAACUUUUGCAACAUAGUUCUUGCGGUGAGUGUCCCAUGCAGCAGUCUGUUCGAUAUCGUGACCGUCCGAUGCGGUCACUGCACCAAUCUGUGGUCUGUAAACAUGGCAGCUGCUCUUCAGUCGCUUUCACGCCCUAAUUUCCAGGCUACGAACUAUGCUGUACCAGAUUAUGGAUCUACCUCACGAGGUCACACCAAGACCCCUUCUAGAAUUUCAACUCGUACUAUAACGGAGCAAAGGAUUGUAAACCGUCCUCCGGAGAAGAGGCAGCGAGUACCUUCUGCGUACAAUCAAUUUAUAAAAGAGGAAAUUCAGAGGAUUAAGGCGAAUAAUCCAGACAUUAGCCACAGAGAAGCAUUCAGCACCGCCGCCAAAAAUUGGGCACACUUUCCUCAUAUUCACUUCGGUCUAAUGCUUGAGAGCAACAAACAAGCCAAGCUAGCUUAACAAUUCCGCAGUUAAUGAUAAUGAGUGUUGGAGCUUUGAGGUAACGAGAGUUGAGAAGGAAACUAUAUAAUAUGUCUAAAUGAUAUAUAUAUAUAUAUAUAUAUAUAUAUCUAUAUAUAUAUAUAUCUAUAUUGUAUGAUCUUCGAACAGUAUGAUCAUGACUACAUAUGUAACUGAAGAUGUCUAUCUUUAAGACCAUAUGUAGAUAUAAUUAGUAAUAAGCUUCUUAUUAUUUAUCUCUUAUGGCAACUUAUUUGGUUCGUCUCACAAGAUGUAUGAGUUCCUUUUCGGAUUUUAUGAAUCUUAAACAAAAUGAAAAUGUAAUCUACUUAUGCAGAAGGCAUGGAAUAUGGCGAAUUUAUUUUGUACUUUGAAGUCUAAAUAUUACCAUCA